CGCGAGUGGUUGAUAAUAUUUUGUAUGUAAACUUGUGAUUUGAUUUAUAAAAAGUUUUUGUAGUUACACGAAAUGAAAAUGUACGUCGUAAGGACUUUUAUGCUGUUGAUGACAGUUUUAUUGUCAGCUGUUCUGGUGUCAUCAGGACCUAUCUCUUCGGAUGCUCAGGCUAUUAUGUACCUCGCACAAUUUGGCUAUCUGAGCCCUUCGGUUCGCAACCCUUCUAGCGGAGGGUUGAUAGAUGCCUCCACGUGGACAAGCGCAAUUUCAGAGUUCCAGAGCUUCGCCGGCAUCAACGCUACAGGUGAACUGGAUGAACAAACAAUGGAACUCAUGAGUCUACCCAGAUGUGGAGUCAAAGAUAAAGUUGGUUUUGGCAGCGAUUCGCGAUCGAAGAGAUACGCUCUACAAGGAAGUAGAUGGCGAGUGAAAGAUCUAUCGUACAAGAUAAGCAAAUACCCCAGAAAACUGGACCGGGCUCAAGUCGACGCCGAGAUCGCACGAGCUUUCGCCGUAUGGAGUCAACACACCGAUCUGACAUUUACGCCGCGAUCAGGACAAGUGCAUAUUGAAAUCAGAUUCGAGAAAGGAGAACACGGCGACGGUGAUCCUUUUGAUGGGCCAGGAGGCACUUUGGCACAUGCUUAUUUCCCAGUGUACGGUGGAGAUGCACAUUUCGACGAUGCAGAGAAGUGGAGCAUUAAAAGUUUUACCGGGACCAACUUGUUUCAAGUGGCCGCACAUGAAUUUGGUCAUUCGCUCGGUCUGAGUCACUCCGAUGUGAGAAGUGCCCUGAUGGCCCCAUUCUAUCGCGGAUAUGAACCAUCGUUUGAACUGGACAGCGAUGAUAUUAUGGGAAUUCAAGCUCUUUAUGGAAAGAAAUCGAAACUGGCACCAAAACGUCCAGCAGCUGCAGCACCUACAACAUUGCGACCAACCGACAAGAAAAAUUCAGUACUUUGUACAGAUCCUAAAAUUGACGCAUUGUUCAAUUCUGCAAGUGGUGAUACUUUUGUUUUCAAGGGAGAAAAUUAUUGGAAAUUGACCGAGGACGGUGUCGAAGUGGGUUAUCCUAAAAGGAUAUCCGACACUUGGCGUGGCCUACCGGGUCAUAUAGACGCUGCGUUUACCUACAAAAACGGCAAAACAUACUUCUUCAAAGGAACUCAGUAUUGGAGAUAUGCGGAUAAACGGAUGGAUGGCGCUUAUCCCAAAGAAAUAUCAGAUGGAUUUACUGGCAUUCCAGAUAAUGUCGAUGCCGCAUUAGUCUGGAGCGGUAACGGCAAGAUUUACUUCUACAAAGGAACGAAGUUCUGGAGAUUCGAUCCUACGCAAAGGCCACCGGUAAAGGCAACUUAUCCUAAACCAAUUGCUAAUUGGGAAGGUGUACCAGAUAAUUUAGAUGCCGCUCUUCAAUAUACGAAUGGAUACACAUACUUCUUCAAAAAUGGUCAAUAUUAUAGAUUUAAUGACAGGACAUUCUCCGUGGAUGCCGCAGACCCAGCAUUCCCAAGAAAUGCUGGUCAUUGGUGGUUUGGCUGCAAAACGACGGGAGCGUUAGGUAACUUAGAAAAUGAAGUAGAUGGAGUUGAGCAAAGUCAGCCUGGAGGUUUGCAUUUGGAGUCAAAUAGUGACACUAUUCUAGAUGCGGAAACCAACCUACAUUCCGUAAAUAGUCGACACUAGCGCUUCACAAAUCU